UGGGCUGGGAUAUGAUGGGCUGGGAUAGGAUGGGCUGGGCUGGUGUGGGGCUUGGCUGUGUACUGGGCUGUGAACUAGGGGUAGGAUCUGUGUUUAUAUAGCCCAGGCAGACCCUCUCUCCGACCCAUUCCCUCUCAGCCGGAGAACACAACCCUACCAGGACCGAUGCCAAGGGAUUGCUCAGCAUUUAACGAGAGAGAGAGACAGAGAGAGAGAGAGAGAGAGACAGAGAGAGAGAAAGAGGAGAGGAGGGGAAACAGCUCUGACAUAUUUAACACAGACUCCCAUUCUCAACAUACUCACACACACUGAGACAGACAGUAGACAAAACUCACAGCACAGUCUCUGACAGGUAGGUAAACUUCAACACAGACAGACAGACUCUCUCUCUGAGACGGACGGCAGGCAGCAUGUUUCUGUGGCGGCUCCCCCAGGCAGCGUGUCUGGUGUCGGUGUGUGUGUCGCUGACUCUUGGGUACGAGGACGAUAUCGAGGUGAACUAUGGUGACAGUUACUACAACGAGAUCACAGAGGGAGAGCCACUGGAGCCCACGGCUAUCCCAACCCAAGCCCCCUGUAAGGUUACAGAGAUGACUAAAUGGGACAAGCUCUUCUCCAUGCUGGAGAACUCUCAGAUGAGGGAGAACAUGCUUCUGCAGUACUCCGAUGACAUCAUCAAGGUGGAGUUGGGGUCGCUGCGUGGAGAAAUGCUAAGGUUCGUGGCUCAGUACGGAGGGGCCUGUGGUGUUGCGGUGGAGACUGCUGGACGGAGGAUGUCCAUGCAGAUGGAAGCUCGCCUCAAGGAGAGCCUGGAGCAUCUCAGGCAAGAUCGGAGCAUUGCUGCUGGGAAAUCUGCAGGUAAUUCUGGGAAUAGCCACCAGGAGACGCUGUUACAGCAGCUCCUCAACGCGGCGCGGACACAGGCUUCCCGACUCGUCAAGCUAGAAAAUAUCUGCCUGAGUAAUCCAGGACCCAUAACGCCACCAGAGGCAAAGGGGGAAGACCUGCAGCAGGAUGUGGUGCCGGCAGAGAUGCUGGUUGCCCUGGUGACAGAGCUGGCGAAGACGAGGGCAGUUCUGGAACUAGCGUUCAAGUCGGCACAGCAACGACACAUGCCCGCAGGCUGUGAGACCGCUCUUCUCUUCCCUAUGCGUUCCCCUCGCAUCUUCUCAUCGGUGACACCAGACCUCCCUCUCUCUCUCUCUUCCUUCACCGUGUGCCUGUGGGCCAAGCCCGUCUCCAUCUCCAACAGAACCGUGCUGUUCUCCUACGGAACCAAACGGAACCCCUAUGAGAUCCAGCUCCUUCUCAGUGGAACCAGUGCUCUCUUCACUGUGGGGGGAGAGGCUCACCUGGUGGAGGGGCGGGGCGUGGUGAGAGGAGGAAUUUGGACCCACAUAUGUGGGGCUUGGAGCUCUGAGCAGGGCAUAGCGUCACUGUGGGCCGAUGGACACAGAGUGGCAUUCACACCCGGGGUGGCCGAGGGCCACGUGUUACCCGAUGGAGGCUCCCUCCAGCUGGGGCAGGAGAAGAACGACGGCGGGGUCUCUGGAGGGUCAGGUGGCAGUGGGAGUCAGAUGCCUGGGUUUGACGGAGGCUUCGAUGCCAAGUUGGCGUUCGCUGGGAAGAUGACAGGGGUGAACAUGUGGGACAGCGUGCUGACGGAGGAGGAGAUAUCCCAGCUGGCUUUGCAGGACGGCGAGGGGUGUGAGCAGAGGGGGAACGUAGUUGGGUGGGGCUUGACGGAGAUCGUGCCUCACGGGGGUGCUCAGUUCAUCAACUAACUCUGAUGACGUUUUCAUCAUCAUCCUCAUCAUCAUCAUUUAAAUUAACUCUAUCAUCACCAUUAUAAACUAAGACCUGCAGUGCAGAACAGCCCAAACGGCUGAGACUGCAACAAUAAUGUGAACAUAAACAACAACAACAACAACAACAACAACAACAACAACAGCAGCUCCCUUUAAUGGUUAAUGAGACUGUGACAAUAAUGUGUCCUGUUGGAGGAGUGGUUCCCAUUUAGAGAAGCAGGAGAGUAGCAACACACACACACACACACGCACACGCACACACACGCACACACACACACACACACACACACGCACGCACACGCAAGUCAGAUGCCUGGGUUUGUAAACAUGUGUGCGUAACAAUAAUGUGAACGCACAACCAACACGCACGCACACACACACACACGCACACACACACACACGCACACACACACACACACACACACACACACACACACACACACACACACACACACACACUUGGUGAGAAGCAUUAGUAUAAUGUACAUAGCUUUAGGAGGAGAAGUGGAGAAAACAGAAUUUACCACAGAUUUAAAGAGAGAAAAGGAAAGGAAAGAACCGAGGUGAGAGAAACAAAGAGCUCAUUGUGUGGAAGGAGAGAUGCUUGAGGGCAACUGUCACAAAAACCAGUCUGCAAGGGUCAUCGCUAGAUGGCCAUGCCAGAGGAGGACAACAUUAUCUAUACCAUCAGAAGCUAUGCCAGAGGAAGACAACAUUAUCUAUACCAUCAGAAGCUAUGCCAGAGGAGGAUAACAUUAUCUAUACCAUCAGAAGCCAUGCCAGAGGAGGACAACAUGAUCUAUACCAUCAGAAGCUAUGCCAGAGGAGGACAACAUUAUCUAUACCAUCAGAAGCUAUGCCAGAGGAGGACAACAUUAUCUAUACCAUCAGAAGCCAUGCCAGAGGAGGACAACAUGAUCUAUACCAUCAGAAGCUAUCCUAGAGAGGACAACAUUUGCUAUAAAUAUCAGCAUUAUUUUUGCAAGUACGUUAGCUAUUUGUUACUAAUGGGAGUGUCAGGGUUAAGAGGCAAUGCAAAUGGUAAAGGGUUGAGGUUUGGGUUUAGUUGUUAGGGUGGCAUUGUGGUUAGAAAACGUUUUAUCGUGGUCCUCUCUGGCAUGGCUAUGUAGUAACACCAUCUGCAUGCUGCCAUAGGAGAUUGUAACUGUUCUAUUACCUUAUAAUCUUACAUUUCCUGGGAAAAAAAAGUGAAUAUUUUUUUUCAAUCGUUGUUUCCAACUUUUUUAAAAUAUUUUUUUUAAUCAAAGUGUUUACAUUUCAGAUGUGACAAACAUAAUAUUUCAGUUGUUUUGUGUUUCUCUUUGUUUUCUAUAUAAUCCAAAGGGGUUUUAUUGUGUUUCUCUUUGAAAUGGGUGACAGCAAGAUGACACAACUAUAGUGGCUUAUUCCCUGUUGUGUUUUGCGUCCCUUGUGAGACAGAAACACUUGAUUUGAAAAGAGGAACUGUGGACAACGUUUACAGCAUUUUGUUACGACCUAUCUCGGCUCUCUGUUAACGUAAUAGGCAAUGUGGAUCAUAUUGUAAAUUGUUUUGUGUUUUUGUCAAGAAGUAAAAAUGAAUGUAUUUUGUAUAUAAAUAUAAUUGUUUUGCAUUACAGUAGGACUAGAAUUGGAGACCAAGAUAUGAAUAAAACUACAUGUUGACAUUA